UCGGCGUCGGCUGCUACGGUACCGGCACUCUGUGUCACUGUGUCUGUCUGUCUCUGACUCUUUUCUUUCCGGCCCUGGCCUGGCCCCGGCAAUUUUGUGGGAUUUAUAUUUCUGGCGUAUUAUUUUUAAAGUUUGAGAAGUGUAAACUAAGUUAUUUUGCAAAGAACUGGAAAAAUUCAAACUAAAAUGUCUGACAUCAAGAAAAAUGAAAUCGAAAAAGCUCUCAAAAGUCAUAUAGACAAAAUCGACAAACUAUACCUACGAAAGAUACAGGAAAAGGCGUUUCUUUGUUCUGCCAAAUGCUGCUCUGACCUGCUCAAUUCUUCUUCAGAGGAGGUUCAGGAUUGUGUCGAGAAAUGCAAUAAGACAUAUUUUGAAUCAGUCAACUAUUUUAAUAGGGAGAUAAAAAACUUUCAUUCACGCCUUCAACGAUGUGUCAAUGACUGCAGUGAUGCAGCCAAUGAUAAAAUAGGCACCACUCCAAAGCCUGAAGAGAUGGACAAGGCUAUCAAAAUGUUUGAAGACUGCUCCACCAAGUGUAUCGACAAGCAUAUUGCUUUUCUACCUGAAUUUCUUACCAAAGUCCAUGAAGUUCUGGGGAAAACACUUAAAGGUGUAGUUUAGAGACGCCAAACGGGUUCAGAGUUAGAUGCAUCAGCAACACAGACUUCAGUCUUAAGUUCUCAACCAAAUGUACUUGUUGACAUGUUUUUAGCGAAUUUCCCAUAUAGGGAAGUUAAUACAGUAAGUCUCAUGUUAAGACACUAGUGUUAGCACCCGGGACUGAUUUGCUUUUUUGUUUUGUCAAAUCAGGCGAAUGGAAAUUCGCCUAGUCUGCAGGUUUACUGCGGCAGGGGUAUUAUUGUUCUUGAAUAUGUUAAUAUUAUAACUUGGAGACCAGAAUAUUUGUUCAUUGUUGUUACUCAGAGAUAGAUUAUACCAUGUUACCAAUUGUGCCUCUGACUGCUAGGAGCCUACGCAAGGGAGGGUCAUAAUAGUAAAGUCAAACAUAUUUUGUUUUAUGUAUAUCAAAUUAAUAUCUGGAUCCCAGCCACAAAAAAUACCUUAAGUUUUUUGUGGAAUCCUCCCUGCUAUUUUGCUCCUAAUGAUUUUUGUUGUUGUUAGUUUUGUUAUUUGAUUUUGUUUCCUUUUUAGCGAAUUUCCCUAUAGGGAAGUAGCUAUUACCGUAGGUGGCACGGUAAGACCUAGACCCGGGACUGAUUUACUUUUUCAUUUUGAUGUCCCCAGAGGCCAAAAACACGAUUCGUUCAAAUUUUUAUACAGUAGAGUCCCGUUAGUCCGAAAUGGUUAGGACCGGGCCCAUUUCGGAUUAUCAAAUAUUUCGGGUUAAACGUUUUUUUUUUUUUAUUUAAAAAAAUUAAUUUUUUUUUAUUUUUUGAAUUUUUUUUUCGUCUUAGGACGCAGGCACGAGCCCGGGAUUGUUUUUCACAUUACUUAAGGUUAGAACUAGUGGCUGCAGCAUUAUCACUUACAGUUAUAAAAUCCAUUUGUUAUUUGGCGGACGAAAAUGAAAAAUGUUACAGUAAUAACAAAAAUGGUGAAAUAUUUAAUAAAAUACUCUACAAAAAAGUCUAUCUCACCCGGCCGCUACAGAAUACGUUGACAAGGUACAGCUAACUGUGUUUAAAGUUUAAUAAAAAAAAACUUUAAAAAAAUUCGAAAAAUUUCGAAAAAUUUCAAAAAAUUUUCAAACUUAAAUUUUUUAUAAAAAAAAAUUUUAAAAAUAUAUUUUUUUGGUUUCGGAUUAAGCGGACUUUCGGAUUACCGAAGUUCGGAUUAUCGGGACUCCACUGUAUAUGUAUAUUAUAUAGACUUAUAUAUGUAUAUAUAUAUAGACUUAUAUAUGUAUAUAUAUAUAUAUAUAGACUUAUAUAUGUAUAUAUAUACAUCCACUUAUAUAUGUAUAUAUAUAUAGACUUAUAUAUGUAUAUAUAUAUAUAUGUCCGUGAACGCGAUAACUUGAGUAAUUUUUGUCCAAUUUUGAUGAAAUUUGGUUUAAAGGUGUAAAGUGGGAUAAACUUGAAUGAGUUCGCGAACCAGCACGAUCGGACCAUGGGAACGGGGCUUUACGAGGGGGUUUUAUUGGGUAAAAAUUGGUUUUUCUCACUUUUGACCCUCAAAACACAAAAUUUCCCGAUUUCUCUUUAGACCUUUUUAAAGAGCUUAAAAAAACAAAUAAUUUAGUAUAUAAAAGUAUUUUUGUUCGAUUAUUAGUAACGGAGAAAAUUAAAAAAUUUGUAAAUUAAAAAUUCCCAUGUUAUUCUUAUGGAGAAUAUUGUCAAAUGUUGUAGUUUGCUUGUUUAUGGAUAUAUUUUGAUCAAACUUGGCAAAUUUAUUUAUUUUGUACUAAGCUAUCAAUAUUUUACUCAAAAACAAAUUUUAUUAGUUUCCUUGAGGCAGCAAACCUAGGUACUCGUUAAACCUAAUGUUAUUAAAAUAUUAUUUUUAACUAAAAAUCAAUUCAGACAAAUGGAAAUUCGCUUAGUCGGCAGGUUUGCUGCGGCGGGGGUAUUUAGUGAAUUCUAGGUUAAAUGUUAAUAUGCUGGUAGUUUUUGUCUCUGAUAGUUUUGAGAUACAAGUAGGCCUACUUUGUACCCUGAUCCUGUUCAUGUCUUAAAUAACUAGAUAUUUUUGGUCAAAGGCUCUAGGCUAGGAUUCCUAAUUAAGGUCUAAAGAGGAAGAGAAAGUUCAGCUUUGGAUGGUUUAAUAAGAGGUAAUGGUGUAGUGGUAAUAAGAUGAGACUAUUAGUUAAACCAUUUAUUAACACAAGUCUACUUGUAAAUUUAUAAAUAAACAUACCGUUUUUAUAUAUAGUGGUUUAUUUACUUUUAUUUUUGUCCCAGUUCUAAAAUUGUAGUAAUUUUAAGAUGUAGUGGUUUUUGGUUAAGAUGUGGUGGAUUUAAUUGUAGUGGUAAUAAGAUGAGACUAUUAGUUAAACCAUUUAUUAACACAAGUCUACUUGUAAAUUUAUAAAUAAAC